GGCAUCCUCACACAGAAGCACACAGCCACACUCAGACAGACAGAAAGAGGGUUAGAGAGGGAGAGGGAGAGAGAAACCGUGGCAGCCUGUUAGAGAAAAUGUCCAGUCCAUGAGCGAGACGUUAUAUUUGAUGCAGUCUCCUUCUCAGCCGAUCACCGGGAGAUGCUCACUGCUGUCCGGAUGACUUUCACCACUAGAAGAAAUUCAUUCAUCUGGUCGUAUCUGAUUCACUGACGGACAGGUGGUGGCCGAACGGAGGUGGUGCGCUCAAACCCCAGCGAAACCAUCGGGACUGGUCUACUCAUGAAUGAGUCUCCUGCUGUUUCAAGAAUGAUGUGAAGAUCACUCAAGACAAGGCCACUUCUCAGCUCAAUUUUCCUCAGUGCAAUCCUCACAUUUGCUGGUACGCAACCCCAUUUAUCUGAGCUUGGUAUUCAGUGGAGCCCUGUGGGGAUGGGGACGUGCUCAGAUAAAGGAUGGACUUACCAUAGCCUCACUAAAGGUCACCACCCUCCAAAGGUUAUGUCGUGGCCCCUGGCCCUGUGUCUAUUUACUCUAGUUGUUUUGAAUCAAAAGACGACUCUUGGACAGACAAUGAACACCUUCCAGUCCGAGAGGAGGGAAUGGCCAUUGAACCAUGUGACGGUGCAUCAGUCUACUGGGACUUUGUACAUUGGAGCGGUCAACCGGAUCUAUAAGUUGUCUGCUAAUCUCACCCUUUUGGUAUCUCAUGACACAGGUCCAGAGUAUGAUAACAAAGCAUGUUAUCCUCCCCUGAUAGUUCAGCCCUGUUCUGAGCCUUUGGCCUCUACGGACAAUAUCAACAAACUGCUGCUCAUCGACUACUCUCACAACCGGCUGCUGGCCUGUGGCAGUCUCUAUCAGGGCAUCUGUAAGCUGAUGAGGCUAGAUGACUUAUUUAUCCUUGUAGAGCCCACGCAUAAGAAAGAACACUACCUGUCCAGCGACAACCAGACAGGAACGAUGUACGGGGUUGUUGUUCCUUCCCAGGGACAAGAUGCUACUCUGUACAUCGGCACUGCUGUUGGUGGCAAACAGGAUUACUUUCCAACUAUCUCCAGCCGUAAGCUCCCUCGUGACCCAGAGUCCUCUGCCAUGCUGGACUAUGAGCUUCAUACUGAUUUUGUUUCAUCUCUAAUCAAAAUCCCUUCUGACACACUGGCUCUAGUUCCGCACUUUGACAUCUACUACAUCUAUGGUUUCUCCAGUGGGAGCUUUGUCUAUUUCAUGACUGUCCAGCCAGAGACUCCGGAGAAUGGGAUGCCUGCGGGCGGCUCCCCUGGUGACCUGUUUUACACAUCUCGUAUCAUCCGCCUCUGCAAAGGUGACAAGAAGUUCCAUUCAUACGUCUCUCUUCCUGUGGGGUGCGUGCACAGAGGUGAGGAGUUCCGUCUGCUGCAGGCGGCUUACCUAUCUAAGGCUGGCAGGGUGCUGGCUAAGUCACUCAACAUCAGCUCCCAGGAGGAUGUCCUCUUUGCUGUGUUCUCCAAAGGACAAAAGCAGUACCAUGACCCUUCAGAUCAUUCUGCUCUUUGCAUUUUCACCAUCCAAGCCAUCAACAUACGCAUUAAGGAGCGGUUACAGUCCUGCUACCAGGGAGAGGGAAACCUGGAGCUGCACUGGUUGCUGGGAAAGGAUGUACAAUGCACAAAGGCGCCUGUUCCCAUUGACGAUCACUUCUGUGGCCUGGAUAUCAACCAGCCCCUGGGUGGCUCCCAGCUGGUGUCCGGUCAGACUGUGUUCACUGAGAGACGGGAAAGGCUUACCUCUGUCACUUCCUACAUCUACAACGGACACAAUGUGGUCUUUUUGGGCACAAGGAGCGGACGGCUGAAAAAGAUCAGGGUGGACGGAGCUGUGGAGGGAGGAGUGCUGUAUGAGACGCUGACUGUAAUGAAGGACAGCAGCCCAAUCCUCCGGGACAUGGCCUUCUCCCUGGACAGGAACUCUCUGUACGUCAUGUCUGACUAUCAGGUGGUCCAGGUCCCUGUGGAGUCCUGUGAACAGUAUGGUACGUGUGCUGAGUGCCUCAGCGCUGGUGAUCCCCACUGCGGCUGGUGCGUGCUGUACAACAUGUGUUCAAGGAAAGAUCGGUGUCUCAGGGCAGAGGAGAGCUUUCGCUUUGCGACCGACAUUGACCGCUGUGUGAAGGUUAUUGCUCACCCGGACAGCAUCGCUGUAUCAGCACAUAGUGUCCCUCUCCUGCUGGAGGUAAAUAAUGUUCCAGACCUUUCUGCUGGAAUCACCUGUUCAUUUGGCCAGCAGGCCCAAGCAGAGGGCCACGUCAAUGGGAAUAGAGUCAUGUGUCUCUCGCCAGCAGGGAAGGAGGUUCCUCAGAUAUCAGAGGGACAAGACUGGGCCGGUGUGGAGCUUCGUCUGAAUUCGAACGAAACGGGUCAAAUGGUUGCCAGCACAGAGGUGAAGUUCUACAACUGCAGCACUCAUCAGAUGUGUCUCUCAUGUGUAAACAGCACAUUUCGCUGCCACUGGUGUAAAUACCGCAAUCUUUGCACCCACGACCCGAGCAGCUGUUCUUUCCAAGAAGGAAGAGUCAAUGCUUCAGAGGACUGUCCUCAGCUCCUCAACUCUGGGGAAAUUCUCAUUCCAGCCGGCGAGGUCCGACCAAUUACCCUGAGGGCCCGAAACCUCCCUCAGCCGCAGUCAGGCCAGCGGGGCUACGAGUGUGUGGUGAACGUACAGGGUGUAAGCCACCGUGUCACGGCGCUGCGCUUCAACAGCACCAGUGUGCAGUGCCAGAACAGCUCGUACAUAUACGAGGGUGUGAAGAUCAGUGACCUGGCGGUGGACCUCUCCAUUGUAUGGAACGGCAACUUCAUCAUCGACAAUCCGGAGAAGAUUAAAGUGCAUCUGUACAAGUGCAGCGCCCAGCGAGACAGCUGCGGCAUGUGUCUGCGGGCUGAAAGGAAGUUCCAGUGUGGCUGGUGUAGCGGCGAGGGUCGAUGCACCAUGAGGCAGCACUGUCCUCCCAUUUCCCCUUACGCCAGCCGGUGGCUGGACCUUUCUGCCAGGAAUGUCAAGUGUACCAAUCCACGCAUUACAGAGGUAAGCCCGGUGGCAGGACCAGUGGAGGGGGGUACGCUUGUCACUAUUCAGGGCCUGAACCUGGGUCUGUCCUUCGCUGAGCUUGUGGGUAAUGUGGAAGUGGCAGGAGUGGAGUGCACACCACAGGAGCAGGGAUACGUCACUGCUGAGCAGAUUGUAUGUGAGAUGGAUGCAGCUCUUGAAGGAAGUGCCCCAGGUCCAGUUAAGCUGUGUGUUGGUGAAUGCAGACCAGAGCUAAGCACACAGUCCUCCCAGAUCUACACCUUUGUGAAACCCACCAUGUUGGCUCUGACCCCAGGUAGAGGACCUGAGUCUGGGGGCACCAAGGUUACCAUCGUUGGGGAGAAUCUGAGUGCUGGCAGCAUUGUUAGUGUGUACUUUGGGAAUCAAACCUGUGAGCUGUACAGGAGGAGCAUGUCAGAAAUUGUGUGCUUUGCAGCUCCAUCAUUGAUGGGAGCAGGACCAGCACAAGUCAGUUUGAGUGUCGACCGGGCCAAAGCUCCUGGAAGUCUCACCUUUGAGUACAUAGAAGACCCCACAGUCCAAAGCAUUGAACCUCUGUGGAGCAUUACGAGCGGGCACACCACCCUGACAGUGACUGGGACAAACCUGGAUGUGGUUCAGGAACCUCGCGUCCGAGUCAAAUACGCUGGCCAUGAAUCUGUCAAUGUAUGCAAAGUUUUGAACACAACUACAAUCAGCUGCUUCGCUCCUUCUCUGAAGGCGGAUUACACUGCCCACCAGGAGGAGAUUAAACAUGUGGAUGAGUUUGGGUUUGUCUUCAACAACGUCCAAGCUCUGCUCACGUACAACAACACGGGCUUUGUCUACUACCCCAAUCCUUACCUGGAGCCUCUUAGCCUCUCAGGUGUUCUGGAGCAGAAACCUGGAGCUCCCAUCAUUCUCAAAGGCCGUAACCUGGUGCCAUCUGCUUCUGGUGGAGCCAGGCUGAAUUACACAGUGCUGAUCGGAGAUACCCCCUGUUCUCUCACUGUGUCAGACACUCAGUUACUCUGCGAGCCACCGAAUCUCACUGGGCAGCAUAAAGUCCUGGUGCAAGUAGGUGGACUGCACAUCUCUCCUGGAGAAGUUCACAUCCGAUCGGACAGCUUGCUCACGAUGCCCGCUAUUCUCAGCAUCGCAGCUGGUGGAGGGUUGCUCCUCAUCAUUGUCGUCAUCGUUCUGCUCGCCUACAGACGAAAGUCGCAUGAAAAUGACCUCACUCUGAAGCGCCUGCAGAUGCAGAUGGACAAUCUGGAAUCCAGAGUAGCUCUUGAGUGUAAAGAGGCCUUCGCUGAACUACAGACAGACAUCAAUGAGUUAACCAGCGAUCUUGAUAGAGCUGGCAUCCCCUUCCUGGACUAUCGCACGUAUGCAAUGAGGGUUCUCUUUCCUGGCAUUGAUGAUCACCCUGUGCUGAGGGAGCUGGAGGUUCCUGGGAGUGGACAGGCGAAUGUGGAGAAAGCCUUGAAGCAGUUUGCUCAGCUGGUGAAUAACAAGGUUUUCCUGCUGACAUUCAUCCGCACACUAGAGACGCAGCGCUCCUUCUCAAUGCGUGACCGUGGCUACGUUGCUUCGCUCAUCAUGACCUCUCUGCAAGGACGUUUGGAGUAUGCCACAGACAUCCUCAAACACCUGCUCUCGGACCUUAUAGAGCGCAAUCUGGAGAGCAAGAACCAUCCCAAACUACUCCUCAGGAGAACAGAGUCAGUGGCAGAGAAGAUGCUGACAAAUUGGUUUGCAUUCUUGCUUCACAAAUUUCUCAAGGAGUGCGCUGGCGAGCCCCUUUUCAUGCUGUUCUGUGCCAUCAAACAGCAAAUGGAGAAGGGACCCAUAGACUCUAUCACAGGGGAGGCACGCUAUUCCCUCAGUGAAGACAAACUCAUCCGGCAGCAGAUUGAAUACAAGACUCUGACGUUGAGUUGUGUGAACCCUGACAAUGAGAACAGUCCAGAGAUCCCAGUCAAGGUGCUUAACUGUGACACCAUUACCCAGGUGAAGGAAAAGAUCCUGGAUGCUGUAUACAAAAAUAUGCCAUACUCUUCACGACCACGAGCUACAGAUAUGGACUUAGAGUGGCGGCAGGGCAGAACAGCUCGUGUGGUCCUGCAGGAUGAGGACAUCACAACCAAGAUAGAAGGCGACUGGAAGAGACUCAACACACUCAUGCACUAUCAGGUAUCUGAUCGCUGUGUCGUGGCCUUGGUGCCCAAACAGAUGUCCUCUUUCAUCAUUCCCUCAUCUGCCAGCUUCCCACGCAGUAUCAGCAGAUACGGUAUGGACGUCCCAUUCCGCUCCACCCCCACCAGCCCUGACAGCCCUCACUCCCGUGUGCCUAUGCUCACUCCUGACCUGGAGAGUGGUGUCAAAAUUUGGCAUUUAGUCAAGAACCAUGACCACGGUGACCAGAAGGAGGGCGAGCGUGGAAGCAAGAUGGUGUCCGAGAUCUACCUGACGAGGCUGCUAGCAACAAAGGGCACGUUACAGAAGUUUGUAGACGACCUGUUUGAGACUUUGUUCAGCACCGUGUGUCGAGGCACUGCUCUUCCUCUCGCCAUCAAAUACAUGUUUGACUUCCUCGAUGAGCAGGCCGACAGACACGGCAUCCAUGACAUGGACGUUCGCCACACAUGGAAGAGCAACUGCCUCCCGCUGCGGUUCUGGGUGAAUGUAAUCAAGAACCCCCAGUUUGUGUUUGACAUCCACAAAAGCAGCAUCACGGACGCCUGCCUGUCUGUAGUGGCGCAGACCUUUAUGGACUCUUGUUCAACGUCUGAACACCGUUUGGGUAAAGACUCGCCCUCCACCAAACUGCUCUAUGCCAAGGACAUACCGCACUAUAAAAGCUGGGUGGAAAGGUACUAUGCUGACAUCAACCGCCUACCUGCCAUCAGUGAUCAGGAUAUGAAUGCCUAUCUGGCUGAACAGGCUCGCCUCCACUCCAGUGAGUUCAACGUGCUCAGUGCCCUGCAUGAGAUCUACGCUUACGUCAACAAGUACAGCCAAGAGAUCAUUGAGACACUGGAGCAAGACGAACAAGCCCAGAAGCAGAAGCUGGCAUAUAAAGUGGAGCAGAUCAUCUUUGCCAUGUCCUCAGAGAGCUGAGAUAUACACACCAAAAUAUAAAACAUUCCCAAGAAAAAUGGACAUGUGGUAUGUCCAAACUGUAAGGUAUAACACGACACAUUGCAGUGUAAUGGAGGAGUUUUAAACAUUCAACACACAUGCUUCUCAGAUGUGGACAUCAGCACUCCCAUAUGUGCAUCUGUGGUCAUAAUCACAUGUACUGAUACAGUAUACACAGAGACUGCAGAUUUGCCCAACUUACAGUGUAAACACACACACACACACACACACUUAAAAAGAAAUGAACAAACCAAACCACACAUCACACAGCGGAGGAUCCCAAAGCAAAGACUUCUAAAACCAGUGUCAUUUUUUUCUUCGAAGAAACUCCAACAAGAAAACACUCAACUUCUAAAGCACUCAGAUGAAGAGAAAAGGGAUUUAGGCCAUGAUCAGUUGCAGAAUUUACUGCCAAUUUCUAACCAUUGGGGAAAAUGGUUCAUCUUUGUAGUUGGGUCUAAUACUAAAUGUAUGUGAGACACCAGCGUGAGCUUUGAAGAGAACAGUACUUAAUAAGAGAAUGACUCAACACUAAAGCCAAUGGAGUAGCUCAACGAAGACAGGAGCCAAUUUAAUGGGACAACAUGUCUGUGGAGACGUGACUCAAAGUACGUUUUAUACGUCUAAGUUGAAGGACACUUAUUCAUAUGACUGACUUGGAGUGACAUUGCUAUUUGUAGCCAUUCUGAGCAGAGAUGUGUAACUUUGUGUUAUUAAGCCUUUGCUAUGGGCUUUUAAAAGACAGUGUUAUGCUUUACUUAGUGAUGAUUGUCUGCAUUUCUAGACUCUGAAACAGUAAAAUCUCUCACUGACAAGGUAAGAGUCUCAGCUGUUUCAUAACCCAACUCAAAAACAUCUUCAUGCUCCAGUUUUUAAUAUAUAUUUGGAGAUAUUUUGAGCCCACUUCCUGGCUUUUAGUACCAAAUAUACUGCAUCUCAUGAUUCAUGUUACUUAACUGCUCCUGUCGAGGCUAUUAAUAAAACAAGACAUUAUAAGGAAGAGAUCUCAUUUGAGAUAGGACAUUUUUAUAAUGAUCUAUAGAGCACUAAUUCAGCCAUUCAAAGAUAAGUGGAGGCUGAAUUGAACUGUUGCAGAAAGCAUGAUUAAUGAUGUUUUAAGCGUGAUCGUGGAUCAGAUUCGCCUAACUUUGGACCACAAGCACCUUCUCCCCACCCUUCCCUUCUCAUCAGUUAUUGUUUACAUGAAGCGUAAUACUUGAAAUGCACCCAGUGUACAGGAUAUUAAGAACACCUGCAUCGCAUGUCAAGUAACCUGGACAGAUUAGAUCAGAUAAAGGCCUUGAUGCAUUAUUGAUUUUUUCCAGUAUGGUUUCUAACUUGAUGUGGAAAUUAAUUGUGGGUAAAAUGUUGCAAAGGAUUUUUGGGAGAGGAGCUGCAGAUUAGUGCAAAGCAGGUGUGCUUAUAUUUUGUAAACAGAGUGAAUAUUUAAUUAAUUAAAUCAGUGUUUGGAUCAGCUUUUGAUCCUUUUAAAGCCUGUUUUUUGUGUCACAGCAUGUUUUGUGUUUUAAACCACAGUACCAUGUAAAGAAUAUUUCCCCCUUUACAUGUUUCAUCUGUUUUUGCUUUUUUAUUACACAAAUCACAUAACUUUGAAAAUCAACCCUAGGAAAAUACAGUUACCCCCAGUUUAUUGGUUCAUUUUGACUAGCCACACUCAGGCCUGUCUUUCCUUUAGAAUCAUGAAAUCACUUAAACAGAACCUUUCUGACAACAUAAAGUAGACUAAAAGAUGAAGAAGCAAAACAUUAGGUCCAGUUCUAUACAUCACUUGCCCCAAUUAAGGUCAUUGUUUAUUAUUCUAUAAAUAAGAACGAGACAAAUAAAAAAUGGCAUAAAUGGGAGAGUUCCAAGACAAAAAGCACUCCUUUCCAAAAAGAACACAAUGGCCAAUUUCGCAUAUCUCAACUAACAUCUUUUUUGCAGGGGAGACCAUGCAGAUUAGUAAGAGGCAAGACAAAAGUAAAACAUUUUGGGGGGUGUUCAUCCCUUUAAUUCUGCCAUGAGACUGCCAUAUCAUUUUAAAAACAGAACAUAGUUUUCGCAUUCAAAAUGAUGGUGGUAAUAUGAUGGUCAGGGGAUGGUCUUAAGAAGAAAAUCCUGAGGGAGAAUGUCCUUCCAUCAGUUCAUGACCUUAAGCUUGAGUGCAUUUGCGUUAUUCAGGAGAAUGAUUCCAAGCACACCAGCAAGUCCACCUCUGAAUUGCUGAAAAACUAGAACACAAUUAAGGUUUUGGAGUGACCUAGUCAAAGCCUUCAAUUAAAUCCAAUUGAGACACUGUGGCAAUAAACAGGCUGUUCAUGUCUGACAACCCUCCAGCAUAUGUGCAUUAAAUCAAUUCUGAAAAAUGGUAAAUGGCCUGCACUUAUAUAGCGCUUUAUCAAGUCCGAGGACUUCAAAGCGCUUUACAAUCAGUCAUCUACCCAUUCACACACUGACAGUGGUAGGCUACACUGUAGUCAUAGCUGCCCUGGGUCAGACUGACUGAGGUGAGGCUGCCAUACAAUCGGCGCCACUAGGCCCUCUGACCAUCACCAGCAGGCAAGGCCGGUGUCUUGCCCAAGUACACAACGACUGAGACGGACAGAGGGGGGUUGGAACCCUCCGGUUACAGGACGAACUCCUACCAUCUGAGCCACCUUCGCAAAGAAGAGUGGGACACAUUUUCUCAACAAUCUAAAAGACAUGCUUUUACAGUGAGUUAUCAACACACUUGCACAACCAUUUGUAAAUUUUAAGGGGCAAUUAGUUUUUUACAUAGGGUCUGGUUGAUGUGGGUAGCUUUUUUUUGUUAAUAAAUAAAAUCAUCUUUUGUAAACUACAUUUUUCAUUCAAAUAGAUUAUCUUUUUCUAAUGUUAAAAUGUGAUUAAAACAUUUAAGUGUGACAAAAAGCAAAAAAGAAGAAACCUGUAAAGGGCCAAAUACUUUUUUGGGGUACUGUAGAAGCCAAAUGCUUUCAUUUUGCUUUCCAGUAUACAUUUGACCUAGCUGCUUUAGUUUCAGUGCUGCUGUAGCUACAGUGCCAUUUCUGAACUUUCAGCCAUUUACCAUCAUGAAGGAAGAAAAGUCUGUCUGCACCUCACUGUGAUUCAGGCUUUUACUUUUGAUUGUUUCGGCCAUUGUGAUGAUACCAGAUGAAGACCUUUCAGUGCUUCAGGCUGUUUUCAUUAACAAGCACACUCAGUCUUCUGUUGCACUGCUGAUUUGACCAGUUCAGUAUUCAGGGGAGGUUUUACACUCCUCACAGGACCUUGAUUCGUGUUAACGUAAAAAGUAAGAUAAAAAAUAUGAAAAAAAAUAACUAAAUACAUUUCAUGUUUAGUGUUAAAAUAUUAUGGAAUUCAUCUGUUUUAUGUGUGGUUUGACAGCGAUAAUUUAUAAAUGUGUUGUGCAAUAACUUGUCAUGUUUAAACUGCAUUUUUAAAAACAAUAUAUAACUGUAUAAAUAUUGUACAUAAAAACACUCCUAUUUUGCAAGUAAAAAAAUUCACUUUUUACUGUUGUUAUACAUUAAAAGCGGAGCUGAUGAAAAUAA